AUUUAAGACUAAUGCAGUUUGUGCAUUCUACGUUCUUUAUAUUUUACCUGAGGAUCUGAAAACUAUCCUCACAAAGUCACGUUGUUUGCAUGAGAUUGCUGUGUAUGUGUUAGUUUUCACUUCUGCUUUGAUGGAUUACUUUCUUGUUGCUGCACAGAUGUGUAGAUUCUCGCUCUAAUCUCUCCUCUCAGUUGGAUGGAAGACUUCUUUACCUGGUUUUCAAUUAUUUUUUUAUUACACAUACACCUAAUAUGGCUCUGUUGAAAAGCAUAUUGAUCCUUGCCCAGCUUCUUCCAUUGGUGAGGACCAUAAAUACAAUCUUCUUUCCAUGUGACACUGAUAUUAAUGAAACUGCAGUAGACUGUUCCAACAGACGACUCAGACAUGUUCCCUUGAUCAAGUCUACCACUGUAAAAUCAAUUGAUUUAAGUCAGACUAAAAUACGUCAUGUGGGCCAGCAAGAUUUCUCCGGUCUUCCAAACCUUCAGACUCUGAAAAUGAUGGGAAACUGCCAACCUGGUCCUGUGAGAGCUGCGGAAGGCUACUCAUGCAGAAUGGAGAUCCACCGUCAUGCCUUCAAGAGCCUGUUAAAUCUUCGUCAUCUGUAUCUGUCAGGAAACAGCCUCACUUCUAUACCCUGGCUGCCUGAAAGCCUAGAGGUCCUUGAUCUGCAGAAUAACCAGAUCUUUAACAUUGUCCAGCCUCUGAAUACGCCAAACCUUAAGACUCUCCUCCUCACCAAAAACUGCUUCUAUGUAAACCCCUGCAACCAGUCAUUUAACAUAACUCCGAAGGUUUUCAAGGAGCUCCAUAACCUUGAAGUUCUUUACUUGGGGUAUAACAAUUUGACGGCAGUUCCAAAAGGAUUGCCACAGUCACUGAAGUACCUGGAUUUAAAAGAAAAUACCAUCUCGAAGGUCUUUAGUGACACAUUUUCUAAUAUGCCUAACCUCACAUCUUUGAAUUUGGAAUGGAACUGCCAGCGUUGUGACCAUGCAGCCAGACCCUGUUUUCCAUGUUGGAAAAAUCACCCUCUCUAUUUGUAUCCAAACUCAUUCUAUUCUAAAAACAGCAAAAUCACCUAUCUCAGCUUGAGAGGAAAUUCUCUGGAAGCAUUUCCAGAAGGUCUUUUCAAACCUCUGGUAAAUUUAAAGAUAUUGGACCUGUCUGACAACUUCUUGGGAAAUGCUAUACAUAAGGGCACAUUUUUUUCAGAGCUGAAAGGCUUGACUUGGAUUAGCCUGCUCUACAACUAUCAACCAGGCAAAACAACUAGAUCCCUGGUUCUUUCACCACAUUUUCCAAAUAUGUCUGGUCUAGAAACUCUUCUUCUUUCUGGUAAUUUUUUCAGGAAACUUUCAAAUCACAGCUAUGCAGUUCUGUCCAAACUUCAGCGUCUUAAGAGAUUGGAGCUGAGAAUGAACUUCAUUGAAACGUUUAACUUCACAGCUCUGAACAAGUUACCCUCUCUCAUAGAUAUUGACCUAUCCCAAAACAUGCUAAACUUUCUUCCAAGCUGCUCAAAACAUUCAUUUGUAUCACAAGAUGCUCAAAACCAGAACUCAUUUACAAAUGAUUUAGCUGAUACACCUGUAAUGUUUGUUGAGACACAAGUAACAUCUACAAGUGACCUCUGCAGACAUGGCCAAUCAAAUGUCACUAAGACAUUUGAGGUCAAUGUGACACGAAUUCCAAAGGUAUGGGACUUUAAAGAUGAUUAUUGUAGGUAUAAUGUGACAUUUGACCUAUCUCAAAAUGACAUUGUGCAUAUUGACGCGAACAUGUUUGAAGGCAUGGAAAAGGCUGUUUGCUUAGACCUUUCCUUCAAUUACAUGAGCCAGUCACUGAAGGGUAAGGAAUUUACCAUCAUGACAAAUUUAGCUUAUCUUAAUUUGUCGUACAAUAGGCUUGAUCUUUAUUAUGGAGGUAUUUUCAGUGAGCUUAAUAACACUCUUAAGGUGCUAGACCUUAGUAACAAUGAGUUUCAUUUUGCCAUGAAGGGGAUGGGUCAUCGUUUUGGGUUCAUCACAAAUCUGACUAACUUGGUCGUCCUAAGCUUGGCAAACAACAACAUCGGUAUGAGAAUAAGCCAAAGGCUGUAUAGCACUUCUUUGAAAUACCUGUACUUCAGCGGUAAUCACCUAAACAUCAUGUGGGAUUCUGAUAACAACAAGUACAUUCAUUUCUUUCAGAAUCUGACAAACUUAAUCUUCCUGGACAUCUCUAAUAAUAGGCUGAAGUCAAUCUCGCCAGAGGUGCUUUGUAACCUCCCGGGAAGCAUCAAAGUGCUCAGCAUCAGUGACAAUGAGAUGACUUAUUUCCCAUGGCAAAACAUCACAGCACUGAGAGCUUUACAACACCUGAAUCUCAGUCAAAACCACCUCCAUUAUUUGCCUGAUAAAGUAUUGGAAUUCGGAGGCAAUUUUUCACUUUUGGAUCUCAGCCACAAUCGGAUAAGUUUUCUGCCUAAAAAUUUAUUCAGUAAAGCAAAAUCUUUGAAAUAUCUGUAUCUAAACAACAAUCAAAUCAAAGAGUUGAACCAACAGUUGCUCCCUGUCCUUUUAUCAAACAGCAGUGCCCUUCAUACUCUCACCCUGCACGACAACCCCUUUAAAUGUGACUGUGAUACAUCUUGGUUCGCCAACUUCCUGCGCACCACUCUUAUAGAGAUUCCUCAUCUCACUACCAACGUGAAAUGUGUAUUCCCAGUGUCCCUAGGGGGCCGGAAUAUCCUAUCAGUGGAUCAGCGUUCCUGCCAGGACAUAGACGGCAGCUUAGCCUUUUUUGUGAGUUCCUUAUUUGCAGUGAUGUUUACUGUUCUUCCCCUUUUGAAGCAUCUCUACGGCUGGGAUCUGUGGUACUGUUUACAGGUGCUUUGGGCAGGACACAAGGGCUACUCCCAGCUGGCUGGUAGUGAUUCAGAAUAUGACUACGACGCUUUUGUUGUAUUUAACACCAAAAACCAGGCUGUGAGAGACUGGGUUUACAAUGAGUUAAUCAUCCAUCUGGAGAACUCAGGUCACAGAAGGUUUUGCGUCUGCUUGGAAGAGAGGGAUUGGAUUCCUGGGCUUUCGUGUAUUGAGAAUCUACAUAACGCCGUCUCCAGGAGUGCCAAGACAGUGUUUGUGCUGUCCAGUGGAGGAGAGACAGUGAAUGGUGUCAUUCGCCAGGCUUUUUUCAUGGUGCAGCAGAGGCUUCUGGAUGAGAAGGCGGAUGUCGCUGUGAUGGUGCUGUUGGAUGAGAUGUUUCCGAAGCUGAAAUAUCUUCAGCUGAGGAAGAGACUGUGCAGAAAGUCUGUGUUGUCCUGGCCGAAAAACCCACGGGCCCAGCCUCUUUUCUGGAACCAAAUGAGAAUGGCACUGUCAUUAGACAACCUGAAGUUUUAUGACAACAACAUGAGUGAAAGCUUUCUAUGACCUCUACAGUGGUCAAUGAGGGAAUAACAUUGGUAGGGAUUCAGUUUUUAUUUAAUUGAUAACCUUGUGACACACUUAGAAUCUGAUUAAUAAUGUCCUCCAAAAUAUGGAAAUGUUUGGAUAAUGUUUUAUUGAGGUAAAGUGUUUGUUUUUUUAACUUGACUGUGUAAAGGAUUUAUCCUGAAAGAUUCCCAUAUGUUCUCAUGCAUAAUCUGUCAUUUUGACUGUUUGAAAUAUAAUCUGUAUUUUUCUUUUUAUAAUAUAUGUCCACAAAAACAUCUUCAGGAUUUAAUUUUAACAUCUAAUGUCUUUUCAGAGUUUGAAGAACUAUUGAUAUUGACACUGAUAUUGUACUAUUCAAAUAUGUUUUACUUGGUUUCACUUGAGUAGUAUGAUUUCAAAUGUAUUAUAAGGAUGUUUUGUACCGUAAACACCCUUACCUCUAAUUUCACUUCUUUUUUUGUAAGACGUUUAGAGGAAAUGAAAGUGAUAUCUAUUCUUUACACGUCUGAGGGACGCACAGCUUUUAGGUAAAGAGAAAGUCAACUGAAAAUUCUAAAUAAGGAUGUCGGCAACUGUUCUGAGACUUCGGUUGUUUAAAAUGUGAUCUCAUUACACAAGUUAAUGCAAAAAAAUAGAAAGUAACACCUGUACUUCUAGUUUACCCUGUGCUGUGGAUCCUAUUCUGACAAAAAAUUGACAGAGAAUGAAACCUGUAGCCAUUAUUAUUAAUAACUAUCAGGUGUAAGUGAAGUGACACAGUGGUGAGUUAUUAUACGUUACAUUUGAGAACUUUAACGUUUUCACAACUGUACUUGUAAAAACAAACUCCUUGAAAUUACAAAUUAUCUGAUGAAAAGUAAUUAAAAUGUGUUUUAUUCUUGUAUUCCACCA